AUGGCGACGGUCGGCGAGCUCCGCCACGAUCGACCACGAGCCACCUUCGCCGUCGGGCCUCUCACCCAUCGCCGGAGGUGGAGGAGCGGCAAGGGGUGGCGCUGGGACGGAGGAGGUUAUCUGAUCCAUGGCAUACUUGGCAUGAUAUGUUUCAGCUGCAGCCCAAACUCCCCGGUUCUGCAGUUUUAUGACAGUGAUAGGCGGUUCCCUGCAUGGGGUUUUGGCGCAAAGAUACCACAAGGAUUUAUAUCUCACUGCUUCAACUUGAAUGCAACUACCAAUGACUGUGAGGUAGUUGGAGUUGACGGCAUCAUGUCUGCCUACUCCUCUACUCUUUACAGUGUUGCUCUUGCUGGGCCAACCUUGUUUGGGCCCGUGGUCACCAAAGCUGCAGAAAUUGCCAACCAUGCUGUGCAGUAUUCAAACAACAAAUAUUUUGUCUUGCUCAUUAUCACGGAUGGUGUUAUUACUGACGUGCAAGAAACAAAAGAUGCUAUCGUAAGGGCGUCAGACUUGCCGUUGUCCAUUCUCAUCGUGGGGGUUGGAGCUGCUGAUUUCACACAAAUGAGGAUCCUAGAUGCCGACUUCGGUAAGCGGCUGGAGAGCUCGACCGGAAGGAUUGCCACACGCGACAUCGUCCAGUUUGUGCCCGUGCAAGAAGUCCAAGGUCAGCAUUUGCACCUGUAG